GCUCACCCUGCACGCACUACAGAUAAGUUCAGAGGAAUCCUGCAGCACCGUCUCUCUCUCUCUCUCUCUCUCUCUCUCUCUCUCUCUCUCUCUCUCUCUCUCUCUCUCUCUCUCUCUCUCUCUCUCUCUCUCUCUCUCUCUCUCUCUCUCUCUCUCUCUCUCUCUCUCUCUCUCUCUCUCUCUCUCUCUCUCUCUCUCUCUCCUCGCCUUCAACUUCCACGGCUUGAGUGGCCCACUUGCACUCCUGCUGGCAGCCGAGGAAGGGAUCAUGUAAGGCAUCGCACAGAGCCCCCCCAAAAGCGAAACAACAACAACAAACCCGAAUUUAGAGCGCGCACGAGAGAGCAACUUUAGAGAUGUGGAUCUAUUUGGGUGCUUCGCCGCUCGUCAUGCCACCGGCUCGCCCCGUCCUACGCUAUCGACACUGGUACUAUUGCGUCGCCGCCGAUUUGGACUAGGAUCCCACCCGCUGGAGGAGGAGGAAGGUGGUGUCCUGAACACUUGACGCCCGUGCUGUAUGGAUGCCGCAUCCGUCCGGAUCGCCGAGAAGAGCGCCAAUUGGAAUGUCGCUCCAAGAUCUCAUGCCAUUCACUUUAAGUUGUUGGCCUCUCCUCUUCGCUCACUGCCUUCUUUCGCUGCUGUUACUCUCAUGUCAGGGAGAACUCCAGAGGUCAUGCUCACAGAGCGUGGCAGAGAAAGUUAGCCAACAGUGCCAGCUGGCGUGCCACUGUCGAAGAUACCCUCCACUUCCCCCGCCACCGCCUCCCCCGCCUCCCCCGCGACUACUGGGCGCCACAGUGCCAGAACCCUUGGUGCCCUUGGUGAGACCCUGGUGGACAGACAUAGACUUUGUCGUGCUGGGGACAGUGGGCUGUGCCUCGGCGCUCUUCCUUCUCUCCGCCAUCAUCAUUUGCUACAAGGCCAUCAAAAGGAAACCGCUGCGUAAGGAAGAGAACGGGACAAGUCGCGGGGAAUACGCCAUGAGCAUCCGCACCAAGAAGGCCAUGGGUACAAACAACACUGUGGUAUAGACUUGACUCCACCUCGGAGCAGGAAGUGACAGGUCAUCAUUCAGCCCCCUUGUCCUCAUUGACCCCCCCCUUCUCACCCAGAAUCCAAGUUGCAGGAAACCCCUCUUCUGCUUGGACCCCGGACACCAGUGAGCUGAAGAAAAGGUGGAAGGAAAUGCCUUAAAGGCAAGCGAGGAUGAAAGUCCCCACCACCACCCACCCCACCCGAUGUGUGGCGUUGAAAAGCAUCCCAGCAGGCUGAGCACUUGCUCUUAGUAAGAGCAAGUGUUGCUGACAGGCUGCCAUUCUGUCGGCCAGUCUGCCUCACAUCCAGACCUCACGCGUGCGAUCCAAGCGCAGACAAUAGAGCGGCCCCGCGGUGCCAUCACACACAAUAAAUAACGUGCAUGCACUUUUGAUGGAGAAUGCAACUUUUUUCCUUUUUUUUUUAAAUAAUAUAUCCUACUUUGUUGGUUUUGCAUUUUUUGGAGGCAGAUGCCUUGCAGGGGCAUGAGCUGACUGUCACUCCUGGCUCAGAGAUGUGCAUUCAUGACUAUGCAAUUUAAAGAAAUCCAUAUUUUGAAAAGAGCGAAAAAGAGGAGCCAACAUCGACACGUUCUCAAGACUCAGUGUAAUAUACUUAUUCAUCUAUUUAUUUUCUCUAUUUAUUUUUCUACCAAAAGGGAUAUUGUACAGUCUCAGCAUUUUGUUUCUUUUUGUUUAAUUUAUACAUAAUUUAAUUUGGCCACUGCAUGCCGUUGACGGCGUCGUGGAGACACCGAUGCAGAAAACGGCGUCGCUUGUUCGUCUGUGUUUGACUUUUUGUGUUUCUGUCAACGUCGCGGUGUGCUUCGGUGAAUGCGAGUUCUUUCUCUAUACUGCAUCGCACGUUAGUCAGCUUUUGAUUUUGGAAAGGUCAAGUCAGUACUCACUCUUCUUUACAAGGACAGUGGAGCCUCUAAGGUCCUACACCAUCCAUUCCGGAACACAAGUAGACCUCUGAACUGUUUGUGAUUCAUUUUUCAGAGGAAAUGAUUAAAAAUUUAAAUGUUCCAGUCAAAUUGUUGCCAUCAUAAUCUGCACAAGCAAUGUUUCCAGUAGCAUAUUGUGCCAAAACUGACAUCUUAAAUUUCCCCUCUGGAGAUCAAUAGAUCUCAUUUUAUGUUGAUCUUCUUUAGAAAGCAAACUAGUUUAAUUUUAACACGUCCCUCAGCUUGUAAACAUUCUCCUUGAGUCCAUUGAUCGUUCUAUAUUACCACCCUUGUCCACAUGCUGCAAUAAAUUUCAUUUUGCACUCUAUGGUUAUCACAUUUGUCUUAACCAUGCAAAAGAAUAACAGAAAAAACAAAAAAUGCAAACUCAAAUUUCCAAAUUGAUUUAAGAACAUUUGUUUUUAGAGGUUCCACUGUAGCAGAAGUGUUAUGUGUGUGUGGAUUCGAUAGUCUUCAUCUUUCUAUGUAUGUCACCGAUAGUUUUCAUCUUUCUAUGUAUGUCUCCGAGGACUCAUCCUCUAUCACCAUAGAAACCGAGGGGCUGACCUUGUGACCGAUGAGCGACAGGACGCUCGGCCAAUAGUCAGAGAUCAGGUUGCGCCCGUGUGUGUUUGCGUGUGUGUGCUGUCAUAAGCAUCCUCGACAUCUCUUCUGGAAGAACACAACUGAAGUGGACUGGGGCAUGACUCGAUGCUGCUUUGCACUUUGUAGUUUUUUCAUCUUAAUUUAAUGUAUGUGUGUACAAAAUGCUAUCAAGUUUAGUUAUCGGCUAAAUCUGUUAAAAACAAAAAGCUUGCAUUUAGACAUGCGCAGGUAGGAGUCAACAAGCAGCCCUCAACCUAAACUGUGUGAGAGACGUGACGGAUGCAUGAAUGUAAAUAUUGCUAUUUAAAUAUUUGCCUUCUGGACUGUUAAUUCAUGCACAGGAACAUGUUUAUACAUACGUCAAAGGAAAACAACGUGCUACCAUUUAGACUCGUUAAUGUUGUCAUGUUGAUGGAACAAGCCAUUAAUGUAUAUAUGGCAAUCGAUAUUCCAAACACACACAAAUAGACACACACACACACACUUUAUGCAUUACAACAAACAGAAAGAUCGAUGUGCAUACGUUGAUAUCCUUGCUGAGUUUUGUAAAUAAAAGUGUACAGAACAACA